AAAAAAAAACAAUCAACAAAAAAUUGAGCUCUCCUCUCGCUCUUCUCUGCCUUUCUGGCUGGUUGUUUGUGAUUAGUGUUCUUUUAAUUUAGUUUGCACUUUAGAUUAAUAAUUAAUGAAGAUUUGGAAUUUAUUUAGCAUCUAUUACACAUCCCAAUUUAAUUUAUCUGUAUAGUGAGUCUCCGUUAAUUGUGACACAAUAACAAUUAUUUUGUUGCUGCAAUGGCGACGUCCAAAUCUGCCAAUACUUACAAUAGGCAAAAUUGGGAAGACGCUGAGUUCCCAAUCCUAUGCCAAACAUGUCUUGGAGACAAUCCUUACAUCCGAAUGACUAAAGAAAAAUAUGGUAAAGAGUGCAAGAUAUGUUCAAGACCAUUCACUGUUUUCCGAUGGUGUCCCGGGGCAAGAAUGCGAUUUAAGAAGACCGAAGUUUGCCAAACAUGUUCUCGGUUAAAGAAUGUUUGCCAGACGUGUCUGUUGGACCUUGAGUAUGGUUUACCCAUUCAAGUAAGAGACACAGCUCUACGCAUCAAGGACGAUCUGCCUCGCUCUGAAGUCAACAAGGAGUAUUACAUACAAAAUAUGGACAGUGAGCUGACAAAAGCUGACGGGACAAUUGCGGCAGGCUCCGUGGGUAAGACACAGGCUGCCAGUGACAUGUUGAUGAAGCUGGCUCGGACGACGCCGUACUACAAACGCAACAGGCCGCACAUCUGCUCCUUUUGGGUAAAAGGUGAAUGUCGGAGAGGUGAGGAGUGUCCGUACCGUCACGAGAAACCGACGGAUCCUGACGACCCACUUGCCGAUCAAAACAUCAAAGACAGGUACUACGGUGUCAAUGACCCUGUGGCAGAGAAGCUGAUGAGGAGAGCGUCAGCGAUGCCCAAGCUGGAGUCUCCCGAAGACAAGAGCAUCACCACACUGUACGUGGGCAACCUCGGAGACAGGAUCGGGGAGAAGGACCUCAGGGAUCACUUCUACCAGUACGGAGAGAUCAGAAGUAUAACUCACGUAGCUCGACAGCAGUGUGCGUUUAUACAGUUCACCACUCGUGCUGCUGCUGAGCUGGCCUCAGAGAGGACCUUUAACAAGCUGAUCUUGGGCGGCCGUCGCAUGAACAUCAAGUGGGGUCGAUCGCAGGGUCGGCAAACCUCCGCCUCCGUAGCCCAGGAGAGCAUAGAGAGUCUGGAACCUGUACCUGGUCUACCUGGAGCGUUGCCACCUCCACCCACUGACCUGCAGGACAACUUCUUCAACUUGGCUCAGUCAGAGAUUAUUCCUCAUCCUCCUCCACCGCCGUUCCUCCCCCCUCCAAUGCUACCUCUACCCCCUCUACCUCGUCCUCCCACGGGGUUAAGACCCCCAGGACCUCCCCCCACUCCGUUCUUCUUCCCCCCUCACAUGCGUUUACCCCUGCGUCCCCCUAUGUUUGCCCCUCAGCCUCCACUAGUCCCCCCUGGUACUGCUCCUCCUCUACCCCCGGAUCUCGCUCCCCCCGGCACUAUCCCUAUACAUUACCCCUCUCAAGACCCUUCAAGAUUGGGCGCUCCUCAAAAAAGCACUGGGGAGUAGUUGCGUGUUUUAUAAUCAACUCUGUAAUAAUUUAAUGGUCUCAGUUAUUGAGUUGCUUGAAUAAAUAAGUGUAAUAUUUUAUAAACUUUAA